AUGCGCUGCGCUAGCUUCGCCGUGGCCCUCCUGGCCCUUUUCAGUGGUCUCUACAGCUACCUGAACGCGCGCCUGGAGCAGUUCUACAUCUUCGAUCCCUCCCACCUGCACGACCUGUCGCAGCGCGCCAUUGCCGCUCAUGGCAAUGACACCCGCUCGGUGGUGAACUUCAUCGUCUCCGAGCUGGGCGAGAAGGUCACCGACACGCACCUGAACCUGGACGAGGAAUGGGUCUUCAACAACGCCGGUGGUGCGAUGGGGGCAAUGUAUAUUAUCCAUGCUAGCACCGCUAUUGGUACUGAGGGCCACACUGGCCGUCACACGGCCGACGACUACUUCAACAUCCUUCAGGGCACCCAGCUCGCCUACGUCCCUGGAUCCUACGAGCCCGAGGUAUACCCCCAGGGUAGCGUGCACCACCUCCGCCGCGGUGAGGUCAAGCAGUACAAGAUGGAUGAGUCGUGCUUUGCUCUGGAGUACGCCCGUGGCUGGAUUCCCCCGAUGCUCUUCUUCGGAUACGCCGAUACCUUCUCCAGCACUCUCGACUUCCCGACUCUGUGGGCGACGUCCAGAAUCACUGUCCACGAAACCAUCACCUCGACCUCUCUCUUCCACCCCGGCGAACGAGUUGCCAUCGGCGCCAGCGGCGGCAAAGACAGCACCGUCCUGGCCGCCGUCCUCAAGACCCUCAACGAACGCUACAACUAUGGACUCGACCUAUGCCUCCUCUCCAUCGACGAGGGCAUCAAGGGUUACCGCGACGACAGUCUCGAGACCGUGAAACGCAACGCCCAACAAUACAACAUGCCGCUCGUGAUCGUCAGCUACGGCGAUCUGUACGGCUGGACAAUGGAUCAGGUGGUGGCGCAGGUCGGCAAAAAGGGCAACUGCACAUACUGCGGGGUGUUUCGGCGGCAGGCGCUGGAUCGCGGGGCCGCGAAACUGGGCAUCAAGCAUGUGGUGACGGGUCAUAAUGCGGACGAUGUGGCAGAGACGGUGAUGAUGAACUUGCUGAGAGGGGAUUUGCCGCGCUUGUCACGGGGCACGAGUAUUGUGACGGGGUCCGCCGCCAGUGAUAUUAAGAGGAGUAAGCCGUUGAAGUAUGCUUAUGAGAAGGAGAUCGUGCUGUAUGCGCAUCAUCGCCAGUUGGAUUAUUUCUCUACGGAGUGUAUCUACUCGCCUGAGGCGUUUCGGGGUAGUGCGAGGACGUUGAUCAAGGAUUUGGAGAAGAUUAGGCCGUCGUCGAUCUUGGAUAUUGUUAAGUCUGGGGAGGAUAUGGCGCUUCUGGUGCCCGCUGAGGUUAGGGGGAAGGGGGCUGAGGAUGAGGAGGGCGGUGGUGGUGGUGGGUGUGGGAGUCAGAAUGGGCGGACGAGGGGUGGUGAGAUGGCGGAGAUGGAGAGGAAGUUGAAGGAGGAUGAGGCUGCCAAAGAUAGGGAGAUGGAGAUUACUUCUGACAGCUUGUCUAGGAGGCAGCAGCAGCAGCAGCAGCAGCAGCAGUCGGAGCAGAUGCAGACGCCGGCUCAGAAGAAGGUCAAGUCGCAGGUACUGGGGACGUGUGAGCGCUGCGGUUAUAUUUCCAGUCAGCGCGUGUGCAAGGCAUGUACGCUUCUGGAGGGAUUGAAUAAGAAUCGGCCCAAGACGGCGAUUGAGAUGGAGAUUGGUUUGGAAGAUGAGGAGAGCAGCUCGACGUUGCGCAGGCAGAUGGAGAAGGUUGAGCUGGGGGGUGUUUGAAGAUAUACAGUUAUACCCGUUAUACAUAUACCCAUCAUGAUCACAUAUUCAUACCAGUUAGAAGAAGUUCAACACUCAAUUAUCAGACAGUCACUACGCUAUAUAGUAAGAUC